GUCCUCAACACCCCAGGCGCUUCAGUCAUGCACCAGUCCCUUCGGUUCCCGCGCCUGUUCACAUCUGCCGGCUUUGCCAUGCGCUCCACUGCCCGACUCUUCGCCCCGCACGACCACCUUCCUCAUUCACUCCUGCCUUUCACGUAGCACGAGGCAGUUGCAGCGCGUCUCUAUUGAUCGACACCCGUAAAUCAAGUCUCGUCACUCGACUCCGCACUCCAAUGCAACCCACUGCACGCCCGCCAAGCCUUGUUCGGCGCCGUGUUCGGCAUGCCUCACGACGAUGUUCAUACAAAACCCGUCUCAUGCCGCCAGCUUGACUUCGUUGCACCCUUUUCACAUCGACCCUUGCCCUUCUAACAGCAUGGGUAUCAUCGCCUUGCUUUUAUGCCACGCGCUCGCUGCGUUUGCGACUCCCAUCUCCCUCGCGUCCACAAACUCCAGCCCACCCACAGCCAACAUCAAGAAUGGAACGGUUGCAGGUGUUCAUCUGAGUAGCUAUAAUCAAGACGUCUUCCUCGGUGUGCCCUUCGCACAACCACCCGUUGGAGAACUACGUUUCGUCAAUCCUCAGAGCCUCAACACCACAUUCAAUUCCACCCUCCAGACAACCUCUUACGCACCCGAGUGUGUUGGCUAUGGAGGUGACGACAUUGGAUAUCCUUCCUCAGAGGACUGUCUGUAUCUCAACGUCAUUCGGCCCAGCGGCUACGAAAAUCAAUCUCUCCCGGUCGGUGUUUGGAUUCACGGCGGCGGUCUGGUCAUGGGCGGCACGCAAGACGAGCGGUACAAUCUGUCGUUCAUCGUGCAAAACGGCGUCGAGAUUGGAAAGCCGUUCAUUGGCAUUUCCAUUGCUUACCGACUCACUGCGUGGGGUUUCCUCAACUCGCAGGAAGUUUCGGGCAGUGGCAACACGAAUAUGGGACUUCGAGACCAACGACUCGCUCUUCACUGGAUACAAGAAAACAUUGCUGCCUUUGGCGGCGAUCCUUCCAAGGUCACAAUCUGGGGUGAAAGUGCCGGCGCAGGUUCUGUCGGAUGGCAGAUAACAGCAUACAACGGCCGAAACGACAGCCUCUUCCGUGGGGGCAUCAUGGAGUCCGGUAACCCGGUCCCAUACCAGAGUUACUGGACCAACCAAGAGUAUCAACCGAUCUAUGACAGCCUCGUGAAGAACGCGAGCUGUUCCAACGCAACCGACACCCUGGACUGUCUUCGCCAAGUCCCCUUCGCGACCCUCAACAAGCUUAUCAAUACCACGUAUGCGUCGAGUUGGCAGCCGAUCGUGGACGGCGACUUUGUCGCGCGAUGGGCGAGCAUCCAGCUAGCUGAGGGCGACUUCGUUAAGGUCCCCAUCAUCGAUGGUGCGAAUACCGACGAAGGCACGGCGUUUGGGCCCAAGAAUGUGCAAAAUGUGUCCGACUUCAUCGACGAUGCUACUUAUACCAACGACGAGGGCAUCAGCCGCGUAUGGGCGCCGGAGAUCUUGGAAGCGUAUCCCAACGUCCCGAGCUACUGGAUUCCGCCCAUCUCGGAAGUGCCUAAUGUCACAUUCCCUGCCAUGUAUGGCGCUCAGUACCGUCGUAGUGCGGCUUACUUUGGUGAUAUGGUCAUGAUCGCCAACCGUCGAGGCACAUGCGAGACGUGGGCAGCGAACGGGAUCCCAGCAUACUGCUACCGCUUCAACACCAUCCCCGCAGGCAUCCCUUGGGAGGUGGGAGUAACCCACUUCAUGGAAGUCGCAUUCGUCUUCGACAACAUCCACGGCUACGGGUACAACGCCGCACACAACUCCACCGACCCCUUCCUCGACAAGCCGCAGAGCUACAUCGAGCUCGCGAAGCUGAUGAGCUGCUCGUGGGCCUCCUUUAUCAACGAUUUGGACCCGAAUGGUUUCACUGGUAGGCAUGCGAGUGCGGCGGCUUGGCCGAUGUACAGCACGACGAACCCCCAGAAUAUCGUGUGGGACGCGAAUGUUACUAGCUUGGCGUAUACGGAGCCGGAUACGUUCAGGAAGGAGGGCAUUCAGUGGAUUCUGGAUCAUGCGUUGGAUUAUCAUCGCUGAGCUGGAUUCAAGCCGUACAACUGUCUGCAGUAUGGCAUCAGAUCGAGAUUAUAAAUUCAUUCAUUGCUGGAAAGCCUCGUCCAUUAGCAAGGCGUGUGCCAUCUUGACUUGCGUGAAAACAUCCCUGGCACGGUCGUGGUGUGCUGGUCCUUUGGGGCCCCGCGAUCGGCACGUUCGCCUCCACGCUCCACCUCGUGUCGAUCACACCCACGCACCUGUCCAUUUCUUC